AUGCGACAGAUGCUUCAUCAGCUCUUGUCUAUAAUCACCCAAGAAAAGAAUGUCAUCUAUAAAAGCAACGAAGAACUAGCAGACCUAUUACGUAGACGCUUAAUGGGUCGGAGGUAUCUCAUUGUUGUAGAUGACUUGUGGAGCACGGACUCCUGGGAGGAAAUCCAAAGGUGCUUCCCAGAAGAUAGUAAUGGAAGUCGAAUAUUGGUGACCACUCGACUUCAAGAAGUUGCCAUUUCUACAGGAGGAUCACAUAAUGAUUCGGUAAACUUGCCUUUCCUAAAUCCAAAUGAAAGUUGGGAAUUAUUUAAUUUGAGGAUUCUCAAUUAUAGAAGCUUAAGCAUGCCGCCUAUGAAACUUGAAGGGAUAUGGAGACACAUUGUUGAGUAUUGUAAAGGAUUGCCGCUUGCAAUUGUGAUAGUUGCAGGACUUGUACAAGCCAUCAAUGAAUCACUAUGGGAAUCUCAAUCAAAGGAUAUGGAGAAAAUAUUAUGUGCAACUGUGACCAACAGCCUUGUUGAUAGUUUUUCAGAGAUUCUCAGGUUGAGUUACAACCACUUACCAAAUGUCUUGAGAGUCUGUUUCUUAUAUCUGGGAGUUUUCCGUGAAGAUAGUGCAAUCCCAAUGAAAAAGCUUAUUAGAUUAUGGAUAGCGGAAGGGUUUGUGAAGGUAGAAGAAAAUCAAAGGAGCUUAGAAGAAGUUGGUGAGGAUUACUUAAAGGAUCUUGAAUGA